AAGCCGAAGAUUCCUUCCGCUCCGCGUCUCCGUUGACUGGAGACAGGCGGAGCGCCGGCGCCGGGGUUAGGUGGCCUCUAGUGAGAUCCGGAGGUGAGGCGGCCGGCGGCCGCGAAGAAGGAGCCCGGGCGGCCGGGAGCAGGGCAGUAGUAGAGCCACAUGUACAACCCCAAAGAACCACAUGUGGCUCACUAGCCACAGUUUGCCGACCCUUGAGCUAAGGUAAUGAUUUACAGGACAUUCCACAGGAUCCAAGGAUUUUGUAGCUACAAUGUUGUCAAGACUUUUCCGAAUGCAUGGCCUCUUUGUGGCCUCCCAUCCCUGGGAAGUCAUAGUGGGGACAGUGACACUGACCAUCUGUAUGAUGUCCAUGAACAUGUUUACCGGUAACAAUAAGAUCUGUGGUUGGAAUUAUGAGUGUCCAAAGUUUGAAGAGGAUGUUUUGAGCAGUGACAUUAUAAUUCUGACAAUAACACGAUGCAUAGCAAUUCUGUAUAUUUACUUCCAGUUCCAGAAUUUACGUCAACUUGGAUCGAAAUAUAUUUUGGGUAUUGCUGGCCUCUUCACAAUUUUCUCAAGUUUCGUAUUCAGUACCGUUGUCAUUCAUUUCUUAGAUAAAGAAUUGACAGGCUUGAAUGAAGCUUUGCCCUUUUUCCUACUUUUGAUUGACCUUUCCAGAGCAAGUGCACUAGCAAAGUUUGCCCUUAGUUCCAACUCACAGGAUGAAGUAAGGGAAAAUAUUGCGCGUGGAAUGGCAAUUUUAGGUCCCACAUUCACCCUUGAUGCUCUUGUAGAAUGUCUUGUGAUUGGAGUUGGCACCAUGUCAGGGGUACGUCAACUUGAAAUUAUGUGCUGCUUUGGCUGCAUGUCAGUUCUUGCCAACUACUUUGUGUUCAUGACCUUCUUCCCAGCUUGUGUGUCCUUGGUUUUAGAGCUUUCUCGGGAAAGCCGCGAGGGCCGUCCAAUUUGGCAGCUCAGCCAUUUUGCCCGAGUUUUAGAAGAAGAAGAAAAUAAACCAAAUCCUGUUACUCAGAGGGUUAAGAUGAUUAUGUCUCUAGGCUUGGUUCUUGUUCAUGCUCACAGUCGCUGGAUAGCUGAUCCUUCUCCUCAAAAUAGUACGGCAGAAAAUUCUAAGGUUUCUUUAGGAUUGGAUGAAAAUGUGUCCAAGAGAAUUGAACCAAGUGUUUCCCUCUGGCAAUUUUAUCUCUCUAAAAUGAUCAGCAUGGAUAUUGAACAAGUUAUUACCCUAAGUUUAGCUCUCCUUUUGGCUGUCAAGUACAUCUUCUUUGAACAAGCGGAGACAGAAUCUACACUCUCAUUAAAAAACCCUAUCACAUCUCCUGUAGUGACCCAAAAGAAAGUUCCAGAUGAUUGUUGUAGACGUGACCCUAUAGUGGUCAGAAAUAACCAGAAAGUCCAUGCAAUGGAGGAGGAGACAAGGAUAAACAGAGAAACGAAAGCUGAGGUUAUAAAACCCUUAGUGGCAGAUACUGACACCUCAAAUAGAGCUACGUUUGUGGUUGGUAAUUCCUCCUUACUCAAUACUUCAUCAAAACUAGAGACACAGGAACCUGAAAUUGAGCUUCCCAAGGAGCCUCGGCCUAAUGAAGAAUGUCUACAGAUACUUGGGAAUGCAGAGAAAGGUGCAAAAUUCCUUAGUGAUGCUGAGAUCAUCCAAUUAGUCAAUGCUAAGCAUAUCCCAGCUUACAAAUUGGAAUCUCUGAUGGAAACCCAUGAACGAGGUGUAUCUAUUCGCCGACAGUUACUUUCCAAAAAACUUCCAGAGCCUUCUUCUCUCCAGUAUCUACCUUAUAGGGACUAUAAUUACUCCUUGGUGAUGGGAGCUUGUUGUGAGAAUGUUAUUGGGUAUAUGCCCAUUCCUGUUGGAGUGGCGGGACCUCUGUGCUUGGAUGGAAAAGAAUUUCAGGUUCCUAUGGCAACAACAGAAGGUUGUCUUGUGGCCAGCACUAACAGAGGCUGCAGAGCAAUAGGGCUUGGUGGAGGUGCCAGCAGCCGAGUCCUUGCAGAUGGGAUGACUCGGGGCCCAGUGGUACGUCUUCCUCGUGCCUCUGACUCUGCUGAAGUGAAGGCCUGGCUUGAGUCACCUGAAGGGUUCAGAGUGAUAAAGGAGGCAUUUGAUAGCACCAGCAGAUUUGCACGUCUACAGAAACUUCAUAUGGGUAUGGCUGGGCGCAACCUUUAUAUUCGUUUCCAGUCCAAGUCAGGUGAUGCCAUGGGAAUGAACAUGAUUUCGAAGGGUACAGAGAAAGCACUUUCGAAACUCCAUGAGUAUUUCCCUGAAAUGCAGAUCCUAGCAGUUAGUGGUAACUAUUGUACUGACAAGAAACCUGCUGCUAUAAACUGGAUAGAAGGAAGAGGAAAGUCUGUUGUUUGUGAAGCUGUCAUUCCAGCCAAGGUUGUCAGAGAAGUAUUAAAAACUACUACAGAAGCUAUGGUUGAGGUCAAUAUUAGUAAGAACCUGGUGGGCUCUGCCAUGGCUGGGAGCAUCGGAGGCUACAAUGCCCACGCGGCCAACAUCGUCACUGCCAUCUACAUUGCCUGUGGACAGGAUGCAGCACAGAAUGUUGGUAGUUCAAACUGUAUUACUUUAAUGGAAGCAAGUGGUCCCACAAAUGAAGAUUUGUAUAUCAGUUGCACCAUGCCAUCUAUAGAAAUAGGAACUGUGGGUGGAGGGACCAACCUGCUCCCUCAGCAAGCCUGUUUGCAGAUGCUAGGUGUUCAAGGAGCGUGCAAAGACAAUCCUGGGGAAAAUGCCCGGCAGCUUGCCAGAAUUGUGUGUGGUACAGUCAUGGCUGGGGAAUUGUCACUGAUGGCAGCGUUGGCAGCAGGACAUCUUGUCAAAAGUCACAUGACUCACAACAGGUCAAAGAUAAAUUUACAAGACCUCCAAGGGACCUGCACUAAGAAGGCUGCUUGAAUAGCCUGACUGUUCUGAACCGAAAUGCGGGUGUUGGGUUCUAAAGGACUCACAUAAAAUCUGUGAAUUAAAAGCUCAAUGCACUGUCUUGUGGAGGAUGACUAGAUGUGCUCAGAGAAGUGACUGCUUGGUGGUUGGCUCUUUCAGAAGAAUCUGAGGUUCUUCCCAUGCAGAUCCCUCAGAUCUGAAGACAAGUUUAGUGCUUUAUGUGCUGUGCUCUUUGGAAAGAUUUCAACACGAAUGUUAAGCUUUAAAGCAUCACAGACGAUAAUGUGCAGCUCACUUCUGAAAGAGAAUACAAGCUGGAAAAAGUAUUUUCUUUUGAUGAAAUUCAUGGAGUUCAUGGUGAUCAGUGUGAGAUUCACCCUCCUCCCACUACCCCCACCCCGGUGGAAAAUGAAUUUUUAAAUUAUACUGUAGCUGACGAAACUCUUGAUUUCCUAGUUAAUUUAUUAAGCCGGGGUUGUAGAACUUUAAGAAAGAAGAGCUAAGUUUAUUUUUUGUAAACUAAUACUUCAUUUGGUGCUGGUCUAUUUUGAUUUAUUUUGGGGUAGACAACAUGAUUCUUCAGAAGGGGACCUGCUUUCUUCAAGGGAAGAACUACUCUUAUUCCCCAACUACAGAAUAAUGUGCUAAGCAGUGCUAAAUAGUUCUCUAUGAAGAAAACAAAUCACUGCAUUUAUGUCUGCAGGCUAUUUGUUCAGAGAGGCCACUUGUCAAAAUAUAAAUGUCUAGAUUAGCUAUAACAAUCUUCCAACGUAAGGCUUUAAGAAACAGAAUUUUGUGCUCUUUAUUAAAGAUGCAAGAACUCUUAAUAUUGCUUAGACAAGUUUGAAAGGAAGGUACCAUUUCUCUAAGCCAAUUAAUUUCUUAAAAGACAGUUAAUUUACCUGAAAAAAAGUUUUUUGUAAAGAACUAUAUCAAAUCUGUAUAUGUUGUAAUAAGGCUUCUUAUGCUAGGAGUUGAUUGAAAGUGUUCAAGAAAUAAACUAACUUGUAUACUGGUAAAACACCCUAAACUUAUGCCAGAGAAGAUUGUGUUCUUUAAUCGUCCAGGAAGCCCUGGCCGGCUUGUUGAGCCUAAGGAAAAUGUGAGUCCGCUUUCAGAGCUGGUGAAGGCGCCGUGUGAAUGGCCCUGGAGGAGCAUCCUUGUUCCUGUGGCCAGGAGGUUGGCGACUGAAACACUCACACAGGCCUUUUGAUGGACCCAUAAAAGCUCUUAGCUUUCUCAGGGGGUCAGCAGAGUUUUUGAAUGUUAAUUUUUUUUAAUGUACAAGUUUUGUAUAAGUAAUAAAAAACCUCCUUAUUUUGUAUUACAUCUGAUGCUUCAAGUGUUGGUCUUGGAGAGCUGAUGGCUCAUGUAGAAGAUGGACUUUGAAAAACAUUCCAGUAAUGCCAUGGCAGCAUGGAGAGCCUCUGAAUGAUUGUGUCUGCAGUAUUGUGGAAGAUUGACUUUUUCUGUUGUCUGUAAAGUUUAAAUUGCUUCUGUUGUGACUUUUCAGCCAGUGACUUAUUUAUCUGAACUUUUCAUGGAAGUGGCAGUGAAAAGUAUGUUGAGUCUUCAUUUUGGUGACUAUACCCAAUAUCGUCAUGCUAAAUUAAUGUUUUGUACAAUUACUAAAUUGUAUACACUUUGUUAUACUUUUUUUCCAGUUCCAGUAAAUUAUGAAAAGGAAGUUAAAAUACU